CUCUCACUGACAGGUGUGGAAACCAAGGUUCAGCAAAGGGCAGGUGUUUGGGGCUCAGCUUACCCCAAACUCCCAGCCCCGGGGCCAGGCUGGUGAGAAGGAUUCCUGCAGGCAUACAGGCAGGUCCCUCUGGCAGUCCUGUGGUGGCUCAUCCUGAUUGGCUGAGCUUGCCCUACCCCUGCUCCAGGGAUUGUCCAACUUCUGGGACUCCAGCCUCACUGCCCGCCUUCUUCCCGGGAAGAUGUUCCUGGUGGGCCUGACAGGGGGCAUCGCCUCCGGCAAGAGCUCCGUGCUCCAGGUGUUCCAGCAGCUGGGCUGUGCGGUGAUUGAUGUCGACGUCAUCGCCCGACAUGUGGUCCAGCCGGGAUGCCCCGCCCACCGGCGCAUUGUGGAGGCUUUUGGCACUGAGGUCUUGUUGGAGAAUGGAGACAUCAACCGCAAGGUCCUGGGGGACCUGAUAUUUAACCAGCCCGACCGACGGCAUCUGCUCAACACCAUCACUCACCCUGAGAUCCAAAAGGAAAUGAUGAAGGAGACCUUCAAGUACUUCCUUCGGGGAUACCGCUACGUGAUUCUGGAUAUCCCUCUGUUGUUUGAGACCAAGAAACUGCUCAAGUACAUGAAGCACACGGUGGUGGUGUACUGCGAUCGGGACACGCAGCUGGCACGCCUGAUGCGACGGAACAGCCUGAACCAAGAGGACGCGGAGGCUCGGAUCAACGCUCAGCUGCCCCUGAGGGACAAAGCCCGCAUGGCCCGCCACGUUCUAGACAACUCAGGCGAGUGGAGCGUCACCAAGCGCCAGGUCAUCCUCCUGCACGCCGAGCUGGAGCGCUCCCUGGGGUACCUGCCCCUGAGGCUCGGGGUCCUCGCAGGUCUGGCUGGCGUCCUUAGCCUCCUCUACCUGCUCACCCGCUGCCUCCUGCCUUCCCCCUAGCCGGGCCCUCCAAGGCAGGAAGCCCCUGGAUCUCCUGGGAAGCUAGGUAAUGAAUGCAUCCGGUUUCCUUCAGCCUCUUCAGCGCGCGGGCGCUCGCUCGCUCCCGCUCUCUCUCUCCCUCACCCUCUCUCCCUCACACCCCCCCCCCCCCUGUCUCUCUCUCUAUAUAUAUGCUGGAGCCCUGCCCCUUCUUUGGGGUACAUUCUGUCUGAGGCAAAGAAACAUCCCUGCCUGUGGAUAUUCCCUCCUAUCUUCCCUGGGGCUCCUCCCUGUAGAACCACUUUCAGGG